AUGACCCUUGAUGGUCCUGAGAACCAGAGCGACACAGUCACGUCCACGGAGCAAGAUGACGAACCAAAUACUUCUACCGAAUUGGCCAAACCUCCUCCAAACCCUCCUGAUAGCAUUUACGAGCUGGUCCUUGAACCCAAAGCACCACAAAAUGUUCUCAAAAACAUGGAACUCAAGCGAUCCUCCUCGUGUCCUCGUCCUGAACGGCCCCCACCUCCUGUUGGUUAUUACGGCUAUCGCAGCUCUACACCUAAGGCCUCGUCUCUGACGUCUGAUAACGAAGACAAAGAGUCCAUCGCUUCUUCUACCAAUUCCGACCAGCAGUCCCCGGUGUCUCCUGGUCCGACCGAUGGGCAAGGGGUUCCGUUUGGCAUAUAUAGAUCAAUGAACGAGGAUGUUGGGAAACCGGCUGUUCCACCUCGGCCCCCCCAACCCAAACAGCCCUACGUGUCCUCUGCAUUGCUGACUUCUCAGUCGAGACCCCCACCACCAGCGUUCAGACCCCCUCCUCCACCAUCAGAAGAACCAUUGUACAAUGAGAUACAAUUUCCAGCUUAUUUGCACAUUCUGCCUGAGCAUGAUAACAAAGUGUUCCAGGACAAGUGCACCAUCAAUAGAAGUACUUCCUCACACCGUUCAAGCAUGGCCUGCACACAGGAAAUACUUGAGAUGUUGCGGUGGUUGAAAGUAGUGUCAAAGACCGAAUUCAUGGCCCCAUCUUUAUAUGGUGCUAGUUUAGAAGAGGAACUCAGAUCUUUUCAUCAGACAACGAUGAACCUCAAAAAGGCUCUGCGUCUCUACAACCUUCUCAUGAUGAGGCGUGGUGAAGUCUUACGAGACUACAUUUCUCAGUUCACCUCUACCUGUGGAGCUCUGGAUAAGGCCCUCAAAAGGAAGAAGACCAUCCAGGUUGCUGGGGGCACCACAGGGGCCGUAGGAGGGGUCACUGCAGUGGUGGGCCUGGCUCUGGCUCCAGUCACUUUUGGGGCCUCUCUUAUUGCCACAGCAGUAGGUGCUGGUAUGGUGGCCUCUGCCGGCGGAGUAUCUGCUCAUGUUGCCAAGACAAAAAAGAAGGUCAUCACAAGAGAUGGAGUCGAGAGACUUGUACAUGACUACAUAGACAAAGUAAAGGACGCUGAGAACUGCUUGAACUUCAUCCUCUCUGGUAUGAACGAGGUGCGGCGGUAUGAUGUGGCUCGGUUACAGCGGGCAGGAGCCCAGAUAGAUUCUCUCAAGAUUGCACAACUGACUCAGUCAGUGUUUAAUAACAUGGACACUUGGGUGGAGUCGGGACUGUCGCGGAUGGAUACGGGCGGAGAGCACGCUCCAAGUAAAAUACACACGCUCGUCUCACUCUGCGCCAUUUUCCUGCGGAACAACAACAAACUGAGUUUGGACACAGUCCUGCGCCGACAUGGCAAACAACAUGUCGUCCUUUAA